AUGAAACCACACGUGGGAAAGAAACUCGUAGUAGAGAGUGAAAUUUUAAAAGCUCAAAACACGGAGGUUGGAAUCCUCGUUGGCGACGACGAUAGCUCGACAAUUGCAGCCUGUCGAAAUGCGAGUGACCACCCAAUCCUCAAGCGAUCCGAUAAAAAUCAUGCUUCGGGGGGGUUGAGGAAACAGCUAUAUGAAAUGCAGAAGAAGAUAAAAGAGUUGACCAAAGAGAGAAUCACGUAUUUACACAGGUGUUUUACUUUUGCUGUGUCUCAAAAUCUAGGAAAUGAUGCUGAAAUGGCUAACGCCAUUCGAAGCAUUCCACUACAUGCUUGCAAUGACCACACGGUUUGUGGAGCAUGGUGUGGCUAUCAUGAUGACCCUGAAAAAUAUGAACACUCUUCAGUACCUGGAGGAUUCACUGAUCCAAAGUUAUCUGAAGAAUUGAGAAGAUUAUUCAAUAAAUUGGCCGACAAUGCAGGGAAGUUUGCGCUGGGGGCCUCAAGUAAUCGAAAUGAGAGCUUCCAUGCUAUGGUACCAACCAAAGCUCCUAAACAACGCUGCUACAGCAGGACUCCAUUUUUUCAAUUUCGUCUUGCUUGUUCUGUGGGACACAAGAACAUGGGAACUACUUAUACUCAGGAGAUAACUGAUAAAAUUACGCUGUCACCUGGCAAAUAUCAUUCACGACACAUUGCCAAGUAUGAUAGAGCACAUUUGAGAACAAGGAACAUUAUUAACACUCAUCAGUUUAAACAACAUAGAGCACAACAGAAGAAAAUCCGAGCAGCUCUACGCUAUCGAAAGAAGAAUCAAGAAGGACUCACCUACGAGAGUAAUUGUGGUCGACUCACUUAA